UCUAUCACCACAACCCGCUUCUCCUUCACCGAGAGAGGAGGAGGAGGAGAGGAGCAGAGCUGAUUGUGAAACUAUUUUUCUCAUCUCAUCAGUCGCGCUGAGGCCGAGUCCAGUUAUUUUCUACUUGUGAUAUUCCAGUUUGUGAACAAUCUGUUAAAAAAUAUUUUUUGAACACAUAUACUUGAACUAUUGAAGCUGCAGAAGAAUGGCAGUCUCCUUUGGCCUUGCGGUCCUCUGGCUGUACGGAUGGAGUUAUCUUUGCGUUGGAGACUGCGCGAUGCUGAAAGACCACCUCGCCUCGAAAAGACUAUCGGAGUUCACACAAAAGUCGAAUAAACUCCACGGCAGAGAUGUGCUCUCACAACAGGACACGAUGACCGAGCACAUGCAGAUGCUCUACGCAAAGUACAACCAGGCUGGCUUCCCGUUCAAAGACGGAAACACGGUCCGCAGCUUCAAAGCGCGCUGGGGAACCGUGAAGCAGAAAGAGCUUCAGCUCUUCAACCUCACAUCCCUGACCAAGUCCGAGGCCGUCCUGUCAGCCACACUGCACUACUACAUUGGAGACCUCCAGGACCCUGCCCCCCAGGGCUGUGCCCGGCCCCGGAGCUGCAGCCGCCCGCGGGCCCGCACACAGAACCCCGUCCAGAUGGUAGUCUGGACCUUUGCCUCGGUCAACAACCACACCAGGACCCUGGGCCACUUCUUGGUCAACGUGUCAACGCUAAACCGGGACAUCAUCUCGUGGCAGUGGAAGGAUGUGACGCGUGUGGUCAACCAGGCCAAGCACCACGACGAGCUGCUCAUCGGCAUCCAGGUGACCUCGCGGGGCCAGGGGCCCUGGAAGACGCUCCUCCCCGAGCGGCCGCCCUACAUCCUGGUGUAUGCCAACGACUCGGCCAUCUCGGAGCCCGAGAGCGUGGUGAGCACGCUGCAGCGGCACCAUGCUGUGGUAGGCGAGGCCUCACUGGCGCCCGGCUUCCACAAACUGGGAUUAAACGUUCUUAAUAACACCGCCAGGCAGCGGGUGGAGAGGAGGCGUAGGCGCUCGGUGAACACGCUGCUACCCCUGCAGAACAACGAGCUGCCCGGACCCGAGUACCCUUUCAAGACCCCCACCUGGGACGACCCCGGCCCCUACGACCCCCUGGAUGCCAAGCCAGACCGCCGGCCGCGGAAGAAGUCACGUAAGAACCAGAGAAACAAGAUGCCCCUGCUGCAGUUUGAUGAGCACACCAUCAAGAAGGCCCGGAAGAAGCAGUGGGUGGAGCCCAGGAACUGCGCGCGCAGGUACCUGAAGGUGGACUUUGCUGACAUCGGCUGGAGUGAAUGGAUUAUUUCUCCCAAAUCCUUUGAUGCCUACUUCUGCUCAGGGUCGUGCCAGUUCCCCAUGCCCAAGGGCCUGAAGCCGUCGAACCACGCCACCAUCCAGAGCAUCGUGCGGGCGGUGGGCGUGGUCCCGGGCAUCCCCGAGCCCUGCUGCGUACCGGAGAAGAUGUCGCCCCUCAGCAUCCUCUUCUUCGACCAGGAUAAGAAUGUUGUGCUCAAGGUCUACCCCAACAUGACCGUGGACUCCUGUGCCUGCAGAUAGGACCGGCAGAACCUCUGCCCACGCAACGUACACCAUAAUGUCUACACACAAUACGACAAAAUAACACCAAAUCACAAUGGUAAUGUGUAGUUCACAUGACUACUCAAUAGCAUGUGUCCUCUGACACACACACACACACACACACACACACACACACACACACACACACACACACACACACACCUAGAGACACAAAGAUACAUAUAGAUCCACAUAGGUGGACCAUGAAGGUUGACAGCUCAUUAUUUAACGUGUCCUUCAGCAUCCUGUUCAUCAUCCUCUCCUUUGUCUUCCUUUUUAUUCUGUGGAGAAUGAGGGACGAGGACUCUUCUUCAGGCCUUGAAGCUUAUUAAUCAUUUAUAUUGCAUUACAAAUUAGUGUUUAGUUCACUGUAGGAAGAACACAAGGAGCACAAUGUAACUGCUCUUCCUCCAGCUCUCCACAACAUUCAGUCUUGAAACUGAAGACUUAAAUAAGAUAAAAAGUACAAAACCUUUUCAAUGUUGAUCACAGGAUAGUUUUACUGUUGCUGCGAUGUUAGCUAGGUGGCAGACGGUUACUGAUUCUGCAGCAACGCUAUAAAGACGUGACAGGAUAUUACUGUUGCUAUGGUAUCGCUAGCUAGGUGACAGGAUGCUCCUGUUGCUACGGUAUCGCUCGCUUUUUGGCAGGAUGCUACUGUUGCUACGGUAUCGCUUGCUAGGUGACAGGACGUUAUUGUUUCUAAAGUAUCGCUAGCUAGGUGGCAGGAGGCUACUGUUGCUACAACGAUGGUAGAAAGGUGACAAAAUGUGACUAGCUGUGUAACAGAAUAUUUUUGUUGCUAAAUUGCUAUGCUAACUAUAGAAAGUUGAAGCUUUAGCACAUUUGUAUUUCACAUUGUACAUUGACAGCAUAAAAACAAUAGGAAAGUAUGUGGGAUCAAAUUCAACUUUUGUCUCAAUUGUUAUUGAGAUACGGUUGGAUCUCGUCAAACUAAUAAAGUUAUCUAAGAACCUCUUCAAAAUAUUGCUGAUCUGGAAUCAGCCGCCCCUUGGUUAUAAUAACCCCUGAGUUCUGAACUAUGAUCAUAAUGAUCAUCUCUCUUCCUCUAGCCUUCCCACAAGGCUAAGACUGUUAAAAGGACCUCUUUGAAGAGCUUUAAGAGGGCCAAGGACUUUUCUUGCAUGUUCUACGUUGACAAUUAGAACGUUUAGAACCUAAGGCGUCUAGCCAACCACUUUUUCUAUUGCCACGGGAAGCGGAUGAGGCCAAAGUAUUUAUUCUGAACCGAUAGAUUGAUAUAUAGAGACUAAUGUUUUUUCUAUAGACUUGUACAUUGUUUGUAUAUAAUGAACUAUAUGUCGAUGAUAACGUAUUCAGUGAGAAAACUCUUCUAUUUUUAUGCGUUGAUUGGGAUAUAUUUUAUGUUCAUAAUGUCGAACCCAAACAAUGAUAAAAAAAAUCUUUUCAUAGAUGGUUAUGCAGAUUGUUUAGAAUUUUAUAUGAAAUACUUAACUUUGUUAUGUUUUAGUGGCUUUGGUUUUAUUUUCUAUAUGACUAUAUGUGCCUUCAAAAGACCCUGAUUUAGUGGGCUGCAGGAGCUCAGGUGUUCAUUAACACUGUGUCUGCUCCUGUACAUGUUUUGAUGUUGCAAAAGAAGUGCUUGUACUAUAAGCUUUAUAAGAAAAUAUAUUUGUAUAUGGAAGUGAAAUAA